ACCUGCCAAGAGAAUCCUGGGGAGGGAAGUUUUCUUCCCCAAAUGGCUUGCCCGAGAGGGAGUGGGCAGGUUUUUCUCUGAAUGUUGACCCAUGUCAAUAUGUUACUGGGGCCAGAAAAUACAGACACUUAAAUUUAAGAAAAGAAAGCGGCUGGUCCUUAGGUCCACACCUCUCAUGAUCUCCAAGUAAACAAAGCCAGUGGAAGAUCGGUUUGUGCAAUCACCCCAGGCCUUCAACAGCGAUUAUCACCGGGUAGAGAGGGAAAGGAUACUGGGAAGGGGGGGCCCGGAGCUCUUUUUCUACUAACCGUCCCCCCACUAUCCUAACUCCCCCUGAUUCUUCCUGAUUCUUCCUCCCUCUCUGCACCCACAGCAGAUGCUACCAGGUGACCACAAGCUCCCAGGGGAUACCGAUGCUGCUGGUUCAGGGACCACGCUCGGCGGACCACUCCUUCAGAGCACGAGGUCGUCCCGCAGUCCCUGUUUCCCGGGGCUGUGGCCGUGAGGGCUGGAGGGAAUCCACUAGAGGCAGAGGUGCCCGUCAAGUGGGUACCAGCCACGCCGAUGCCUGGGUCUUCCUUGAGGAGGGAUGGAAGGCGAGGACCGUGGGCCAGGCUUCCAGUUGACUCGGCCCGCAGUGCUCCCUGGAGCUGGACUGGGCUCCCCCUGGCUCAAGCGCCCUCCCGACCACUUAGGAGGAGGACAGAAGGGGAGCCCACAACACACAUGCAGGCCUGGAGCCCAGGGGCCACCUGGACCAUCACAGAACUGCCGGCGAUCAGGACUCCUGGGAGGGGUCACAGCCUGGGCUUGGGGAUCAAGGAGCCACCGGGUCAAGAGGAGCCGUGCAAAUCGCGAGGUGGUCUGGCCUUUCUCCUAAAGAUCUGCAGGCUGCAGCGGGGACCAGAGACACCCGUUGGAGCCCCUCUGAGCCAUUGGGUUCUCUGGGGCCGGCAGCCUCCCUGCACAGACAGGGGGGGAGCCAGUCGGCAGAAAGACUUAGGGAACCGAGCUCCAGCCGAGCUAAGUUUGCAGAACCACGUCUGUGCGGAAAAACAACCACCUCACUUUCCACUCUGCUGCUGAGACGACCACAUCCUCUUCACACGUACCCCGGGCUCCCAUGGAGAGCUCAGAUGCUGAGCUGGAUCUCCAACGGAGUGUGCAGGCCGUGCUCCGGGAGCUCGGCGCCCAGGCCCCGGCCCUGCAGAGCAACCAAGGCAUGUGGAGAUGGUCCCUGCAUAAGAAGUUGGAGCGAGAUCCUGGAAAGAGUCCGGCUCUGGUCCGCAUUCUGCUCAGAGAACUGGAGAAGGCAGAGAGCGAGGACAUCCGGCAUGCGAUCAUCCCCUUGCUGCACACGCUAAUGUAUGUGCUCACUAAGGCCACGGGCAUCACGGAGGAGCUCUACCGGAGAACCUACACCUUUUGCACAAGGUUGCUAACCCUGCCCGCCCCCUACUGCACGGUCGCCUUGGACUGCGCCAUAAGGCUGAAAACGGAGACCGCUGUCCCAGGGACACUGUACCAAAGGCUGGUCAUUGCUGAGCAGAACCUGACGAGUGAGCUGUACCCCUACCAGGAGAGAGCAUUCCUCUUCGUGGACCCCGAGCUGGUGUCCCCGUCCGUGUGCAGCGCGCUGCUGCUGGAGCUCGAGGCGGCGCAGGUGCAGCAGACGCCCGAGGCCUGCAUGCGCCACGUGGUCGCCCACGCCCUGCAGGCCGCCCUGGGGGACGCCUGCCACGCAGGCGCUCUGCAGAGGAAGCUGCAGGCCAGCCCUCGCCAGGCCCUGGAGCGCUAUUUCCACGCCGUGGUGGCAGCCGUGGAGCAGAUGGCCAGCGAGCCCAGCCCGAGCCGGGAGGGACACCUGGAGAGGCUGGAAGAGAUUUACUGCUCGCUGCUGGGGCCGGCGGCGGCCGCCAGGGGGCGCUGCGGCGGUGACCCCCUGCAGUCCCCGCAGCCAAACAUCCCUCUGCCCAGCCCCCACAUCACCUUCCACCUGUGGACGGAUGAAGAACAGCUCUGGAAGGAACUGGUGCUCUUCCUGCGCCCGCGAUCCCAGCUGUGCCUCAGCGCUGAUUUGGAGGCCUUGGAUCUGCAGGGCCUCUGGCCGGACCGGGAGCUGGCCCGGGUGUCCAUGCUGUCCACCGACAGCGGCAUCGAGCGGGACCUUCCUCCGGGGGCUGACGAGCUGCCCCUACCCGGCAGCCCCGAGAUGGAGCGCGCCAGGCUGCAGCGCAAAGGCGGCGUCAAGAAGCGGGUGCGGCUCCCGGACGUCUUGAUGCCCGCGUGCUGGGACGGGCCCCCGGGUCUACACCGCAGGACGGGCAGGCCCAGUGGGGACGGGGAGCUACUGCCUGGUGUGUCGCGGCUUCACACGGCCAGGGUGCUGGUGCUGGGGGACGACAGGAUGCUGGGGCGCCUGGCCCAGGCCUACCACAGCCUCAGGAAACGAGAGACCCGGAAGUGCUGCCUCACCCCCAGGCUCAGUCUACAGCUGUACUACAUCCCCGUGCUGGCACCCGAGAAACCGGCAUCAUGCAGACAUUCGGAGCUCAGAGAGCUGGCCACAUUCCUGGGCCGCGCAGACCCGUGGUAUGAGAGCACCGUGAACACACUGUGCCCGGCCAUCCACAAGCUGGCAGAGAUGCCUCCCUCCCUGGACACAUCCCGGACCGUGGACCCCUUCAUCCUGGAUGUCAUCACCUACUACCUUCGCAUGGGCACCCAACCCAUCUACUUCCAGAUCUACACAGUCAAGAUCUUCAGGGACCUGAGCCAACACCCUGCAGAGGACAUUUUUCUCACUGAGCUCAAGGUGAAGAUUCAAGACACCAAGCCCCCCAAAGAUGGCUUUUCACCCAGGAGGAGGGGCGCAGCCGAGGGCCCAGGGGCUGAGCUCAACAUUUGCUACCAGAAGGCCUUACUCAGCCACCGGGCCCAAGAGGUCGCCGUUUCCCUGCGGGCCACUGGGCUGGUCCUGAAGACCUUUGCAGCCAGUGACACUGAAGUUUCUGGGCCCGCCCCCGCCCCGCCACCUGCUGUUCCCGUGACAGACCACACGUGCCUGAAUGUCAGCGUGACGGAGGUCAUCAAGUCCUCCAACUUGGCGGGAAGGUCCUUCUCUAUGGUGACAAACACCUUCCGGACGGCCAACAUCCAGAUCCAGAGCCAGGACCAGAGGCUCCUGACGCUGCUCCUGGACAAGGACAGUCGGCGAACGUUCAAGGACGUGGUCAGAUUCGAGGUCUCUCCCUGCCCAGAGCCAUGUUCCGGGGCCCACAAGUCCGAGACGUCACAGCUCGGUUCACACGGGCAGGAGGUGGAAGGGACCAAAGCCAAGCCCAAGCCCCUUCUAAUGCCCAUCAACACGUUCUCCGGCAUCGUCCAGUGAGCCCGCAGGGGCAGCAGAAGCGCCGAGUCUGAGAGCCCAGGCCCAAGAGUACGGAUACACUACCCCACCAGCCUCCAAACACUCACACCGGCCGCCGGAACGAGGCCUGGCUGCCCUGGGUGGCUUCUGGCUGUGAGUAGGAGCCAGCGAGUGACCGGAGCAUAAGGCGCUUACUGGGCCGUGGCAGGUGAUGGAGCAGGGCCCACACACAGGCCCCAGGAAGGUCCCAGCAAAGCUGCACACACGCAAGCAAGACCCGGCUCCGUGCACAAAUGUCCACGCCUCCACUGAUCUUCAAUUCCCACUUGUGUGGCUCAAGAUCCCCCCUCGGCCCUUAAACCGCCCCCAGUGAGAGAUGCUACGUCGGCCAGGGCCCUGUGGCCUGGGGGGGGAGAGUGGGGGAUGGGAAGCAGGCAAAGAUAAUUGCAGCCUCUCCCUUCCGAGAGUCUGUUCCUUUUCUUCCUUCCAGCCACCUCCUCAUCCUGCAUUCCCAGGCAGGUGUCUCUCCCAAGUGAGAGGAAAUCGUCAGUUCCAAUAAACACACUAAAGUA